CCCCUCCCCGCCACCCACACACUCCCGCUUCUGCCCCGCGCACUCUUACUAUUUUGCUAUCUUCUCAAACAUUACACGCGUCUCCUCUUCAGUCAGAGGCCGCAUUUUCCCGCUGAGUUGGAACGCCGGGAUCCUCGUGCCUCAGUUACCGGAAACGGAAGAUCAGCCGCCAGCCGCUCCUUGGCAACCUCAAAGCCUGCCUCUCUAGCUGCUUUCCAGUCGUUCCCCACGCUAGCGCCCCGUAACCUGGACGACUAUCGGAGAAAGAAAGUGGGCCUGAUGAGAAACCAUAGAGACCGGAAGUGCGCCCCGGCUGCUUUGGGUUCUACGGAGUCAGCGCCCUCGCUGAGCGGGAGGGGAAGUGACGCUGCUGCUGAGAAGAUGGCGGCGACGGCGACUCUCCCACGCUCGACUACGGUCUCGACUACGGCCUCGGCCACGGCGACGGCCACCGCGGCUGCUCUCGGGGAGGUGGAGGAUGAAGGGCUCCUGGCGUUGCUGUUUCGGGACCGCUUCCCGGAGGCCCAGUGGCGGGAGCGGCCCGACGUGGGCCGCUACCUCCGGGAGUUGAGCGGCUCGGGGCUGGAGCGGCUGCGGCGCGAGCCCGACCGCCUGGCCGAGGAGCGAGCGCAGCUGCUGCAGCAGACGCGCGACUUGGCCUUCGCCAACUACAAGACCUUCAUCCGCGGCGCCGAGUGCACCGAGCGCAUCCACCGCCUCUUUGGCGACGUGGAGGAGUCACUUGGCCGCCUGCUCGACCGCUUGCCCAGCUUCCAACAGAGCUGCAGGAAUUUUGUGAAAGAGGCUGAGGAGAUCAGCUCCAAUCGCCGAAUGAACACCCUGACUCUAAACCGGCACACGGAAAUCCUGGAAAUCCUGGAGAUCCCUCAGCUCAUGGACACCUGUGUCCGGAACAGCUAUUAUGAAGAGGCCCUGGAGCUUGCAGCCUACGUACGCCGACUGGAAAGGAAAUACUCCUCCAUCCCUGUCAUCCAGGGCAUCGUGAACGAAGUGCGCCAGUCCACGCAGCUGAUGCUGAGCCAGCUGAUCCAACAACUGAGGACCAACAUCCAGCUCCCUGCCUGCCUCCGUGUCAUUGGCUUCUUACGGCAAAUGGAUGUCUUCACCGAGGCUGAGUUGAGGGUCAAGUUUCUUCAGGCCCGAGAUGCUUGGCUCCGUUCUAUCCUGACUGCCAUCCCCAGUGAUGAUCCCUAUUUCCACAUCACGAAAACCAUCGAGGCCUGCCGUGUCCAUCUGUUCGAUAUUAUCACCCAGUACCGUGCCAUCUUCUCAGACGAGGACCCGUUGCUGCCCCCUGCCAUGGGCGAGCACACCGUGAAUGAGAGUGCCAUCUUCCAUGGCUGGGUGCUGCAGAAAGUCUCACAAUUCCUGCAGGUACUGGAGACAGACCUUAACCGAGGGAUAGGCAGCCGUCUGGACUCUCUGCUGGGCCAGUGCAUGUACUUUGGGCUGUCUUUCAGCCGGGUAGGGGCUGAUUUCCGGGGUCAGUUGGCUCCUGUUUUCCAGCGAGUGGCUUUCGGCACUUUCCAGAAAGCAAUUCAGGAAACGGUCGAGAAGUUCCAGGAUGAAAUGAACUCCUACACCCUCAUCUCAGCUCCAGCCAUCCUGAGCAGCAGUAACCUGCCUGCUGCUGUUCCAGUCACUCAGCCGGGGACCCUGCAGCCACCCAUGGUGCUCUUAGACUUCCCACCCCUUGCCUGCUUCCUCAACAAUAUUCUGGUCACCUUCAAUGAUUUGCGCCUCUGCUGCCCCAUGGCCCUGGCGCCGGAUGUGACUGCGGCCCUGGAGGAUGCCCUUGCCAAGGUAACAAAAGUAAUCUUGGCCUUCCAUCGUGCCGAAGAGGCUGCCUUCAGCAGUGCAGAGCAAGAGCUCUUCGUCCAGUUCUGCACUGUCUUCCUGGAAGACCUCGUUCCUUAUUUAAAUCGCUGUCUCCAAGUCCUUUUUCCUCCAGCUCAGAUGGCACAGACCUUAGGCAUUCCACCCACUCAGCUCUCCAAGUACGGAAACCUGGGGCAUGUGAACGUCAGCGUCGUCCAGGAGCCUCUGGCCUUUAUCCUGCCGAAGAGAGAGAUGGCCUUCUGUCUAGACGACAAGGCGCUAGUCCCCGAGCUCACAGCUCCAGCACCAGAACCCCCCGCCGAGGGGCCAAGGAUGGACCCCGGAGGAGAGCAGGUGGUGUGGCAGGCCAGUGGGUGGGCAGCCCGCAUCAUCCAGCAUGAGAUGGACCACUUGCAGGGCUGCCUGUUCAUUGACAAAAUGGACAGCAAGACAUUUACAAACAUCCACUGGAUGGAGGUGAAUGACUAAAGCUUUCCUGCUGCAUCUGAGGACCCUGAAAACCAAGACGCAAACACUUCGGCUUUAAGCUGGGCAUGUCUUACCUGGCAUCGACUUGGUAUUGGCUCUGCUCCGACAGAAAACAAUGGCCUGUCAAAGCAUGCCUUCCUGAGUUGGAGGAAGAUGUUAAUGUUUGCCCUGAAAUGAGCUAUGGACAAUGUAUUGCCUUCAACUUGAGAAGAAAAAUAACUCCCCUGAAGGAGUGGACAUUUCCUGGCAAUUUUGUAUGGAGAUAAAGACAGGGCGGAAGCAAGUAAAUAGCCACUCUCAGUAGACAUGAUUUCAGAAAAGCUGUAUCAUCUGUUCCCAAAGCCAAGAUUAGAUAAUAAUGUAGUCCCAAAACACCUGAAAGCUGUGCUUAAAACUGCGGAUUAAAGCUGUGGCUGAUCGUCUUCACCAA